AUGCUUGCCCAUUUCCAUAAGUACCUGGUGACUCCACCCACAUCCUCAUUUGCAGUGGAAUUUACAGUCGUGUUGUCGGUUCCCUUACUGGAUGAAAGCAAUUCACUACACGAUGCAUCGGAGUCAAAUAAUGAGUGCGAGCUGCUGAAAUCACGCGGCAGGACACAUUGGGAUUCCGGACUGUUCAAUGAAUGCAUCGCGUAUGGACUCAUGCUGGCACGUACGACUCCAGCUUAUGAAAUGCAAAUUGCCAUGAAUGAGAAGAAGUUCCCGUGGGACUACCACAGUCUUACGGUGUACGAACGUGCGUGGGAAGUAAAUCGGCUGCUCAACAUGAAUGCCAGUGGUUGUUGGACCACCGUCACAACCGGGGACGAACAAGACGUCUACGGUGAGUUCGGUGUUUGUUUGGUUAUGAAUGUGCCUGUCUUGUGA